AUGGCUUCGGCAAUGGACACGUUCAUGUCCUACCUGCGCGUACCCAUCCUAGCAUCCUCUGGUGUCGCCGCUCUGCUCAGUGGUCUCCUUUACUUCAAGCAAAAUGAGAUCAUAUACCCACGAAGUUUCCCUCCCGAUGCUCGAACGAACGUACCCAGGCCCUCACAAUUCGCCAUUACCGAUUAUGAGGAAUUGUUCAUCCCCACACCAGACGGCGAAUCCCUAAGCGCAUUCUUCAUUCGAGCCAACAAGCAACAUGCGCGUAACGUAACGGUUCUCAUGUUUCAUGGCAACGCUGGCAAUAUCGGCUACAGGCUUCCCAUCGCAAAGAUCCUCGAAAGCGAACUACGAUGUAAUGUGCUGAUGUUGCAAUACCGAGGCUAUGGCUUGUCUUCCGGCAAUCCCAAUGAAAAGGGGCUCAUGAUCGAUGCGCAGACUGGCUUGGAUUAUAUCCGUCAGAGGCACGAACUUCGAGACACCAAGAUCGUAGUAUACGGUCAGAGUAUUGGUGGUGCAGUUGCCGUUGGAUUAGCUGCUCGUAAUCAGAGAGAGGGCGACAUUUCCGGUAUCAUCUUGGAGAACACGUUCACCUCGAUUAAAAACUCAUACCAACGUGGUGCAUUCCCUCCUGCCCGUUUCUUGACUCCGCUCUGCCAUCAGAUCUGGCCUACUGAAGAGACACUCCCUAAGAUCAGCAAGAUACCUAUCUUGUUCCUCAGCGGUCUCAAGGACGAAAUCAUUCCACCCUCCCAUAUGACCAAAUUGUUCCAAGUCUGCAAAGCGCCAAAAGUCUGGAAGGAACUGCCGAACGGAAGCCACAACGACACCGUCGCAGAGCCGCGCUACUUUCAAUAUAUCGAGGAGUUCUUGAGCGAAUUUGUAGCUCGUUGA